GAUCGAACUAUAAUGUGCGCCGCCCGGUGUCAACUUUCCACGUUGACGAUUACACUAUAGGCAUUGAGUCGUCGCCAUGCCUCCGCCGACGAAGAUGCUUCAUGCAUCACAAUCAGAAGGCCUAGCUGCCCGGUCAGCCAAGCCCCAAAAAAUUCCCCCACCAACCCCCUUCGCCAUGAAACCCAUCACCGCCCUCUGGGUCUUCCUCCUCUUCAACCUCCUCGCCGCCCUCACCUCCCCCAUCGAAGACUGCGACGAGACAUUCAACUACUGGGAACCGACCCACUACCUCGCGCACUCCUACGGUCUGCAGACAUGGGAGUACUCCCCCAUCUACUCGAUCCGAAGUUGGGCUUAUGUUGGUCUCCAUGCCCUCGUGGGUAGUUUCCGACGACUCCUCCCGUUUCCUACGAAGGUGGGGGAGUUUUACUUCAUCCGCUACGCACUCGCGUUCGUCUGCGCGGUGUGUCAGACGCAGUUAUUUCGGGUUAUUAGCAUCACCCUCAACCCGCGGAUUGCGCUGUUCUUCUUGCUCGCUAUGAUUAGCAGCCCGGGGGUGUUUAGAGCGUCGACGGCGUUUCUGCCGAGUAGUUUCGCGAUGUAUACUACGAUGCUUGGGAUGGCGGCUUUUAUAAAUUGGAGGGGGGGAUUGAGGACCGCGCAGGGGGUGUUUUGGUUUGCGGUGGGGGGGGUGUUGGGGUGGCCUUUUUCAGUGGCGCUUGCGGUGCCGUUUUUGGUGGAGGAGGGGGUUUUGGCGGUGGUUAAUGGGAAGGAGGCGUUUGUUGCGGCGGUGAGGAGGUUGGUGAAGGGGGUGGGGGCUUCGGUUUUGGUUGUGCUCGCCGAAUUCACCAUCUCCUCAACCUUCUACCGCCGCCCCUCCCUCGUCCCCCUCAACAUAGUCCUCUACAACGUCUUCAGCCCCCCCCACAAAGGCCCGAACAUCUACGGCACCGAGCCCUGGUCCUUCUACAUCCGCAACCUCCUCCUGAACUUCCACAUCUUCCUCCCUCUCGCCCUCCUCUCCCUUCCCCUCUUCAUCCUCCUAAAACUCUUUUCCCGCCAGCCCCUCGCCUCGGGACUGCGGACGCUGGUGUUUAUAUCGCCGUUUUAUCUUUGGUUGGCGAUUUUCUCCGCUCAGCCGCAUAAGGAGGAACGGUUCAUGUACCCGGCGUACCCGGCGCUGGCGCUAAAUGCGGCGAUAUCGCUGCAUAUCCUACUUGCGGCUCUGGGACAAUCUUCAUCACGCACACUGAUCGGUCGCGUCCCAGCAGGUCUCAAACUCCUCAUCGUCCUCACGACACUGGGUACAUCCAUCAUCCUGGGAUUCUCCCGCAUCCUCGGCGCUUACGACGCUUUCUCCGCGCCCCUUCAUGUCUAUGAGCCCCUGCAGAACCCGGGGGUGGCGGUGCAGGGGGGGUCGGUGUGUUUGGGGAAGGAUUGGUAUAGAUUCCCCUCUUCGUAUUUUUUGCCCAAGGGGAUGAGGGCCAGGUUUGUGAAGAGCGAGUUUAGGGGGCUGUUGCCGGGGCAGUUCGCGAAGGGGGCUGCGGAGGGAGAGGGUGGGUGGUGGCCGGGGACGUGGGUGGUACCGGAGGGGAUGAAUGAUGAGAAUUUGGAGGAUGUGGGGAAAUACGAUGAUAUCACAACCUGCGAGUUCCUAGUGGACACCCACUUCCCCUCUUCCGCCCCCUCGGCCCUCGAGCCGGCAUACAUGCUCGAUACGGAUACGUGGGAGGUGGUGCGGUGUGAACGCUUUAUGGAUGCGGGGAGGACGGGGUUAGUGGCGAGGUUGGGGUGGGUGCCGUUGGGGUUUGGGGGGGAGAGGGUGUAUGGGGAGCAUUGUUUGUUGAAGCGGAGGUUGGGGGGGAAGUGAGGGAAUGGGGUGUACGAUAAGGUGUUUGUAUAUUAGAUGGGUGGAUUGGGUAAGUUCUAGAUGAUGUGGUGGUAUCUUGGCUAGUUGAUGUGAAUAUCACAAAGGGCGAUAGACCAGCUGUACGCCAGCAUCAAAUCUCCCACAGCACCCCCCUCACGUUCUCCGUCCUAUUCCGUGUGCCCAACCCUCCGUCUAUAAAGUAAUAAUGAACUGGGCAAAAGGGUGUGUCUUGUGCAGACAGGCGGUUCCAGAAACACGAG